GUGUGAACCGGCACUUCCACAUGAUCUGUAUCCGCGACAAGUUCAGCCAGAACAUCGGGCGGCAGGUCCCGUCCAAGGUCAUCUGGGACCACCUGAGCACCAUGUACGACAUGCAGGCCCUGCACGAGUCUGAGAUUCUUCCGUUCCCGAACCCAGAGAGGAACUUCGUCCUUCCAGAAGAGAUCAUUCAGGAGGUCCGAGAAGGAAAGGUGGUCAUCGAGGAGGAGAUGAAGGAGGAGAUGAAGGAGGACGUGGACCCCCACAGUGGGGCCGACGACGUUUUCUCGUCCUCAGGGAGCUUGGGGAAAGCCACAGAGAAGUCCGGCAAAGACAGAGAGAGGAGCUCUUCGGACCUGGGGUGCAAGGAGGGGGCGGACAAGCGUAAGCGUAGCCGGGUCACCGACAAGGUCCUGACCGCAAACAGCAGCCCCUCCAGCCCCAGCGCCGCCAAGCGGCGCCGAACAUAGAUGCCUUCGGCCCGGGCAGCAGCAGCGCAGGGCGAGGGGCCCAGGUCCCGAGAGGUGGCCAGCUGGCCCUGGCUGCCCUGCAGCCCACGGGACCGUCCUGCCCUCGGCUCCCCGGGUGCCGUGCAUCCAGCAGGGGAGCCGACGGGGCUUCCACGUGUCCAGUCAGACCUGGGACUGGAACGGACACCCCACCAGGCCAGGCCCACCCCAGGGUGAGGGCUCUGAGUCCAGGCUGUGUCUCCUGAGCCCCACGGCUUCCUCGAAACCAGGACUCGUGCCACUGUGCUGGGGCACUUGGCCUGGCUGCCACCGCUGCAGGAGAGCCUGCGCCAGGAGAGGCCGCGUCAGCAAGCAGGAAGUCCUCAUGCCGUCCCGCAUGUCCUCCCUGGGCUGCGUGGUUCUUCCGUGGCCCUUGGCGAGCCUCUCUGCGGACGGUAUCGUCAGGAGGGUGCAGCCUGGACACCGUGCCACCUACGCCCCGCGUGCACUCCCGCUGGAAAACCACCUGGACCCUUGCCCUCGUUCGCUUGUACUGUAAGGGUGUAUAUAACUCGGUUGAUAUUUGACUAUUUAAUUUCUAAGAAGCCUAUUUUACUAGCAUUUGAUAUGGAAACGCCGCAAAAGUCGGACUCACGCUGUAUUUUUUCUGAGACGUUCUGUUCCAAGGGGACAACUCCUGAGGUCCUUUCUCCUGUUCCCAUGCCACAUGCAGAGAUUUGUAGCGGUUAUUUUUGUAUCCCCGUACCUUGUAAACUGAGUGAGCGGAGGGCCCGUGGGCGGCCGGGGUGGCACUGGCCCCCGUGGUGGUGGCAGUGCGCUUUCAUUCAGCUGUGGGACAUUAAAGCCCAGAACACCGUCUGGA